AUGGCUGAUUUUGACGAAUCUCUGCUUUUGCAAGCUCUACCUGAAUACUAUCGACGGCAUUUCCCGACCAAAACGCUUUGCAAAUGGUUGAGCUAUGACAAAAGUCCAUCGGCUUAUUUUCAAUUGCGUGAACUCGCGUUUAUUCUGGAAAACGAUGUGCAUGUGCGUUUUCGUAGCUUCAGUGAUUGUGCCGAGUUUGAGCGUGAAUUACGUCGAGCAAACCCGCGUAAACUUGAUAUUGGAGCGGUUUAUAAUCACAAGCCUCGCGAUAACAAAAAAUUUGCGGAUUUUCGAGCAGUUGAACGUGAACUUGUUUUUGAUAUCGAUCUGACCGAUUACGACGAAAUCCGGACAUGCUGCACGUGGCUGUCUAUUGCUGUUGACGUUUUGGAUUUUCUUUUGAAAAAGCAUUUUGGUUUCCGUCAUCGCUUGUGGGUUUUUUCUGGUCGUCGUGGUAUCCAUUGUUGGGUUGCGGAUGCUGUUGCUCGUAAGCUGCAAAAUGCCGGACGGUCGGCAGCUCAGCAAAAUAUUGUCAAAGCAGCGACGAAAAAUAAAUUUGUUCAUCCAAUGCUCAAAGAAGUGUAUAACAUCAUCAUCCGAAACCCCGAAACGGGAAAAUUGAUGUUCGAGCAAGGCUGGAUGAACGAUGGAGGCUUGCACUCAUUGCUGGAUGGAUGUACGGAUAGUGCGAUUCACAAUGAGCUGAUCGAUAUCAUAAAUGAGCUGGAACCGUAA